AACAUCACCACCAACAUCACCAUACAUACAGUCACCACACCACAGCAAUUUGAAUACGAAAAACACCGCCCACCAUGUCUGUCACUACCCAGGUUCCCAAGGACUUUGACGCUGAGAAUGCGGACAACUUUGAGGAUAUUGAGAAGCAGUUCGCCGUCAAGGCCGUCCAGCAGAUGGCGACGUACUGGGCCAUUCUCGAAAAGGUGCCCGGCUCCAAGCUGCGCCUGACCAAGAUGGACGACGACAUCUUCGAGCACCUCAAGAGGGACUUCCCCGAGUUCGACCCCGCCGAGCCCAUCAACGAGGACGAGAUGAAGAGCAAGACGGGCAAGGAGAGGUGGCGCACCUUUAUGAUGGCCUACGACAAGAAGAUUGACGACUACAACUUCGGCACCCUGCUGCGGGCCUCCCCCAAGACCGAGUACGGCGAGAAGGAGACCAUUUUUGUGCCGCGCAUGCAGUUUUAUGCCGUCGAGAUUGCGAGAAACCGCGCCGGCCUCAACGACUGGAUCUACGAGGAGGCGGAAAAGGAGAGGCAAAAGGCCAAGGGCAACACCCAGGGCAGCAGCAGCAGCAGCGCAUAGGAUACCAACCAUCGAGCGAAUACAAAGUGAAUUUCUCUGCAA